GCCCCAGGGGAGGCGAGCUGCUACACCAUGGACGAGGACAUCAGGAAGAAGGGAAUGCUGUAUAUUCAGCAGCAGAGGUUUGGGAAGAAAUGGAAGAAGGUCUGGUCUGUGAUCUACAGAGAGAGCUCCUGCUCCAUCUCGCGGAUGGAGUUCUUUGAGUGCAAGGACUGCGCAAGCAACAUGGAGAAGUCGGACAGGACCCUGCGCAAGCAAGAGAACAAGAAGGUGAUCAAGCUGAGCGACUGCAUCCGCGUGUCGGAGGUGGAGAUGGAAGGCUGCCCCAAGGACUGCGGACCCUUCCUGGUGGAGACCACCGAGAAGCUCUUUGUGUUCGCUGCUGAGAACUCCGAGCUGGAGGACUGGACCCAGAAGCUGUGCGAGAUCGCCUUCCCAAUGAACUGGAGCGAGCGAGGGACAGCGAAACGCAACAGUGUGCAGCGCUCGAGGGCGGAUCCGUCAGAAACAGGAAUGGAGGACAACUCUCUCUACAGCAGGAGGGAGUGUGUGCCGAAGGACUUCAAGGUGACGGUGAGGAAGACGGAGGCCUCGGAGAGGUGUCGGCUGCGUGGGUCCUUUGUCCUGCGGGCGGACUUCGACAGCCUCAUUCUCAUGGACCCAAAGUCAGGAGACGUGCUCUACACCUGGCCUUACCGCUUCCUCAGGAGGUUCGGUCGGGAUAAGGUUACGUUCUCCUUUGAAGCGGGGCGCAGGUGUGACACUGGGGAGGGUAACUUUGAGUUUGAGACCAAGCAGGGGAACAGCCUCUUCCAAGCUGUCGAGAUGGCCAUCAACCUGCACAAGAACAGCUUCGUCCCCCAUCGGCAGCAGUCGGGUGGGGUGGAACCGGAACCUGCCCCGAGGCCCCCAGUCACAAAGGACAGCGGUGUCUACAGCACCGUUUCUGAAUUGCCGAUGAGGGACAGCCCUCCUCCACUGCAGGGCACUCGAUCCAAGCUGGAGCUGCCCUCUGACAAACUUCUCACGGGGGUAAAGAGCCUGACGCUGGACACCAGGCCUCCACCCCGCAAAAACCAGGUCAAGAACAUCUCUAGCUGCCCGCUGAUCAACAGUGAGGACCAAGCCUACUCCCAAAUCUCCAUGCCCCGGGAGCAGGCGGAGCCGGAAGAGGAGGUGCCAUCCUCUAAGGCUCCAUGCAGGCCUGGCUCUCAGGACUCUGAGUAUUCCCUCCCGUUUGACGCCAUUGCCAAAAAUCUGAUGGCCAACAUGUUCCUUGCUGGCCACCUGCCUAUGUCCGGGGACAGCGAGAGGGAGGACUGUGUAGAUGACACAGAGGUUCCAGAUCCUCUCUAUGACUCUAUUGAUGAUUCAGUUGUCAGGUCAGUCAUCAAGGCCCGUUCCAACAACAACAAUCCUGCCAAGGUGGAGCACAUUUACGACGAACCAGAGGGGUGUGCAGCGGGGGCUGCUAAGAGUGGCCCUACAUCCUUUUAUGAUGACCCGGAGGAGGUCAAAGGUUACGCGUGGAAGCUGCAGGGCACGGCGGUGGACCCAAGUGGCCACGAAUAUCCGUACAACCCCCACAUUGAUGACUACGCCGUCCCCAAGCCGCCAAUGAGGGCUUUCCCAGAACGCCAUGUGGAGGGAGCAGAUGAGGAAGAUGACUCCCCUUACGAUAAUGUGAUGGUGAAGGUGAUGGACAGAGGGAAUAGAUAAUGGCGUUUCUACAAAACCAAAUUGCUUUUGGAAAUCAAUCAUAAUUACAAGAGUAAUACAGCAAGCCUUUGGAGAACUAUGUGAACUUUACAGACUGGAUGUAGACUCUCUUGGCUUUUACUGUGACCAAGGAAACAUGCCUGUCUUGCUUUUGCAAAUAUAUGAUAAGAAAUGCCUGAGACCGACAACAGACAUUCAGUCAAUGAAAGCAAUUAAAAGUCAAGCAAGACAAAAUGUCAAAACAAAAAAUGGCUCAGGCAUUCGUUAGAAAAAGUGAGGUCGAAUUUUGCUGGUUUGCCUUGAGUGGUGCAGUGAAGCUUUUUGUCAAGCUCUCAUCCUUAAGGUUCCAUGAGUGACUCAUGUCCAUCUCUUCUCUCAUUGCCGUCUGGGAGGUGCUAGAUUUUGACAUUACAGUAGAGCGCAGUUGCUCACUUAUUUUAGAUACCAAAAGAGAAUUGACUGAAACCACUGACUUCUCUGAUCAGGGCAAAUUUAAGAUGCAUCAAAAGGCAUUCCACAACUUUUUCUUGUUGAGAAUGUAUUAUUCCACAAUAUUAAUAAAUCAUUAUGCAUGUUGCUAUUUUACAUGCAUUUAUUUAUUAUUGACGUCUUCAGCUGGUAAUAAUUUGAAUUGACUCUUAUCGUUGAGAAUUGGAUUUCACACUGAAACCCGCCUUUUUGAUGUUCUCACCGAAUGGGUAUAAGCAUUCCCUGAACAGACCAUUCUCCUGCUCCAUCUGAUGGGCAGUGGAAGCAGAAAUAAGGAGUGCAAGAUGAAGUUGCAACAGCACAAAAUGAAAAACUGUGAAAAUGUUCACAUUUGUGGUAACGCAAUCUGUGUGUGACAUUUCAACCUCAGAUCUGCUCCUUGUUAUCUCAUUAUAGCUCGUACAACUGGUCGGCAAUGGCAGCCCUUUCCCACAGCCAGACCCCGGGUAAAUGAAAUGUUUUACAGCUUUGUUAAUGAAAUCUGUGACCUUACUUCUCCAAUUUUUUUAUUUUUUAUUUUACAAAUGAUUGUAACAAGGGGCAGCUUGAUUAAUUGGAGGGCUAAAUUUGAGUAAAUUAAAACAAUUUAUAAUGUUAAAAUAAAUGAGCACGUAUUAAGUGGGUUAUACAUACAUGUUAACUACGCCAUUAAUCAAUAGCGACGUGACUCAAGGAGGCUCUCCCUUGAGCUCAGCACCCAUAUUAAAUAAAUAAUCAGGGCAGAGGACUUGUGGCAUGGAAAUGAUUCGGCCUGUGGCAGACAGAGAAUGAGAAUGUCACAAUACCCCAUUAAUUUCCCUGCCCUGACAGUCCUUUUGCUGCUCACCCCCCCCCCCCCCCCCCCC